CUCCGCGGCAACCCCAACACGCUGCGGGUGCGCGAGUGCCGCGGCUGCAUCGUGCUGUGCGGGCCCGUCUCCACCUCCGUGCUGGUGGACGGUUGCAGCGAAUGCCAGCUGGUGGUGGCCUGCCAGCAGCUCCGCACGCACCGCACCCGCGGCAGCCGCUUCUACGUGCAGGUGACCAGCAGGGCCGUCAUCGAGGACUGCAGCGAGGUGUCUUUCGCGCCCUACGCGUGGAGCUACCCGGGCAUCGAGGCGGACUUCGAGUCGUCCGGGCUGGAUAGAAAUAGCAACAACUGGAACCUGGUGGAUGACUUUGACUGGCUGGCGAGCGACAGGCCCUCGCCCAACUGGAGCCUCAUCCCCGAGCGAGAGCGUGUCAGCUUCUGGGACUGACGGCGAGCGAUGGAGCCUGCCAGCAACGUGCUGAUCCGCGGGCGGGAGGGCGGGAGGGCUUCACCUCUACGGGCCGUAAAAUGAUUGCGGGUGGUGCUUCAGUGGGGAGUUACAGCCUGUGGCUGGCUGCUCUCCUUUAAAAUACCACUCGGAUGUAGUUUACUAUUACUAAAUUUGCUGCUGUAAUCUGUAUGUAUUGCUGGGUUGGCCAACUGCUACAGUACCUCAUUGCUGAAUUUCUUUAAUUAAGAUGGGGCUGGGGGCACCGGUAUUCAUGUGGCAGCAGUCCUUGAUUGGAGCUGCUGUGCUGCUGUCACUCAGCCAGGCAGAAUCCGAGCUCCCUGCUAGUGCAAGCUGUAGUCAACUGAAAAGAGGGAAUGCCAAAUCUGUCCCGUUUCUGCAGUGAAGCAAUUACACACUGCUGUGACGGAUAUGGGGGAGGGAGAUAUUCACUGAAGCAGCAAACAGAAGUUUAAAGAGGGAGUUUGUACAUGAGUACUGUAUGUCAGGUGAAUCCUGGGCCACAAUGCAUCUGGGACCCAGGUUCUGCUGUGUGGGUGACAGCUGUUAGUCAGACUUCUAUUUCAAGGAAAAAAAGGUUAAUGAAAACGUAACGUUCUCCUACUGUAUUAAUGAUUGAAAUCUGCCUCUAGAAGGUAGAUAAAUACUGAACAACGGCAUUCUCAAAAUAUGCGAGAGGAAGCUGCUUCUGUAAACAGCAAGAACCUGAAUAAGAUUAGACUUGAGUGUACCUCUCGGGCCAUACGUUGUUUGCUGACAGACAUCACAAGUUUCAGGGCAGCAGUGUUCAGGCAUGUCCCAAUGGUUGUUUUUUCUGCUGGCAGCCAGUGAGCUUUGCUGUGAUCAUAGCUCACAGCACUGCCACUGCCUAUCAGGUGCAGUGCUGACAGAGGGACUUCAUAAAAUGUGAUAACAGAGCACAGUAUUUGGGUUCCAGAAUAACAUCUUGCAUAAAGGCCCUUGGUGCACAGUUACCUCUAAAGUCCUGUUAAUUCACUCUUGUUCAAUACCAGAAAAAAACUACAUUAUGAUGGAGGUUUCUUUUUAUAAUGACCACUUAACAGUAUGAAAUGUUGAAAUAAUGAAAUAUUACCUUGCUUAAAUAGCAGCUCAAAAGUUGUAUUUAAGAACUCUGCCUAAUAUUUAUGCUGCCCUAUCAUUGUAUGUGCCUCUAAUACUGACUAAUCCACCGAAGCCACGUUACUGUUAUGAGGAGUAUUUUGAGUUCUUAACUGCUUUGGAGCAACAGAGAAACUUAACAUGUUUUUUCAGCACAUUUAAUUUAAAAAGGGAUUUAAAAAAAGAGUGCUUUUUUUUAUUAUUUUUACAACUUCACCAUUGUUUACUUCUGUUGAUGUACACUUUUUUUUGAAUGAAAACUGGAUUUUGCAUUUCAGUAGCUUGUUUUGAGUUGAGUUGUUCCUUCACCAUGCAUUGACAGCAUCAUAAAAUCAUUCAGAGAGAA